AUGGGAGGCGAAGACUCUCUCCGAGUAGUUGUGCGCGCGCGCCCUAUGAACGCUCGCGAAGCUCGAGAAGGUGCUCGUAGAUGCGUCGAAUUCUAUGAGAGCAGUCAGCAGGUUAAUUUAUUAUUUUAAUUCCAGUUCUGAUUAUCGCAAGUAGAACUUUCUUAUUGAUUCAAAAUCCUGUUUUAAUUAGGACGAAUCUUUUUUUUAAAACCACGCCUACCGAGCCCAAUUUAAAGUCAGUAUCUCCCUUAGGUUUAAAUUUAGUAUUAUGUCAACAUUACCUUUAGAAAUUUUCACAUAGAGAUUCACAUAGAGAUAUCAACCCCUUAUUUAUUGAGUAUUAUACUUGCCCACGUAUGAUUCUGUAUGAGAUUAAGUUAUAUUGAAUUUAUAACGAAAAAUUUAAAUUAAAAAGCGAGCCCUGCUUUUUCACACUCCGUGCUUAUAUUAAAGGCAUAUGGGCAGUGAAAAGUGGAAUUUCAGACAAAUACGCCAUUUUGUAGAGCUCUGUCUUGCCUGUCAAACAGUGAACUUCGAAACUCAUAGAACUUCCUAGUUUCGAAAAAAAAAAAAUAAUAAUUAAAAGUCAUAGAGAGAAAAAAGUUCCAGCUAAAAGAGCGUUUUGCAGUAAAAUUGCUCUAUGGACAACACGCUUCGCCAUUUUUCGGAUACUCGGACAUUGGUAACGCGAAACGGACGUGCUCCGGACGUUUCUGGGCGAUUCAAGGGGUCACUUAAGAGCGUUAAGGCUACUAAAGUGGUCACUAGAAAUGCCCCGACACUUCCGUUUCGCGUCCCGUUCGCGUUACCAAAGUCCGAGUAUUCGCUUGUUUCUCGUUUCUUUCAAAUUUCAAUUUUUUCUGUUGUCUCCAAAGUUUUUUUUUGUCAUGAAAACUUUCUAUUUGUGAAAAAAAUUGCGAGUUUUGAUCUUAAAAACGAUUGUAGGUAUAAAAAUUCAUACUAUGAAUUAUUAUUUUUUCAGGUUGUUAUAAAUGGUGCAGCGACCUUUGCUUUUGACAAAGUUUUUUCGGAUACGUCUGAUCAAGCGACAGUUUACGAAAACUCAGCCGCUCCUCUCUUAGACCGAAUAUUUGAUGGUUCAGAGAGUUUCCGUGAAUAUUCAUUUUUUAAAGUUCAGGCUUCAAUGGUACGGUCCUGGCUUACGGACAGACGGGUAGCGGUAAAACGUAUACCAUGGGCACAGAAGACAAAGACGACACAGAUGAAAUCCAACGUGGAGUGAUACCUCGGCUCGUUGAUGGCAUUUUCAGUAGAAUCUCAGCAGCUCUCAACCCGGAUUCUUUCAAGGUGUUUCACAUUGAAUUAUUUUCCAUUUUAUCGUAUUUCAUAUGCUACGAAGUUAAUUCGUUGGUCACUAGCUGUUUUCAUACGUAGAUAGGUGAUAUUUGAUAACAGAAUAUCAUUUUUCCAUUGUAGUAAAACUAUGUUCUCUAUGUGAAGUAAUUCUUUUUUUUUUCCUAAGUAAGAUCAUUCAAACAUAAUAUUGCUGUACAGUUCUCGAAAACUUUAUUAGAUUGGGUUACAAGAAAGAGGAUACUAUGAUGAUAGUGAGCCGACAUUUUUUCUUUAUUUUUUUUCAUAAAUUGAGGCGAAUUCGAAUUUAUGAACAGAUCCAUAUUCGUUAUCCGUGUAUACUUUCAAGUGUAAUUGUUUUUUUUUUUCCAAACAGGUGAGCGUAUCUAUGUAUGAAAUCUACGGAGAUGCUGUUUACGAUCUUCUGCGCAGCGACAAAGUGAAGCUGGAAGUUCGAGGAGAUGACCAAGGCUGCACAAUCGUAGAAAAUUUGUUGCGAAGCUGGAAUCAAAAUAUGAGAUUGUAGGUGAAUCUCACCACGGCGCCAGUAAAAGAUCUACUCGGAGCCCUCAAACAACUAACCCUUGGAUGUCACUAUAGGACCAAGGUUUUUGGAUUUUUCUGACCUUUUUUUUUCUACGCCAGUUUUUAGGCUGAAACAGCUAUGAACGCCACGAGCAGUCGAAGUCACGCCGUGUUCACCAUCUUGUUAGAGAAGUUCCCAGAUGAAGCCAAGUCUUGCUUUUCAAAAACUCUUGUCGAAAAUGGAUGAUUUUAGUGACGCUUCUUUUUCUUCUAAACUUCAAUUGGUAGAUCUCGCUGGAUCCGAAAGACUGAAGAAAACUCAGGCUGAGGGCGAUAGAAUGAAAGAAGGAAUAAACAUCAAUUCCGGUCAGAGUUUACUUCUUUUUUUUUUGGUUUGGAUUUAUCAAAUUUCUUCUUUAAUAGCGAAAUGAUGAGUAUGGUAAAAGGUCUGAGAGCUACGAUAUCUCGUGUUCGGAAGCACAUUUCGGAGUUCUGCUCGAAGAUUUUGCUCGUUGCAGAAAUUGAAGUCGGUUCAAAAUUAAAAAGUCAGUACAUACUGCAGAAUGCGUGAAUUGUCAACGCUUUUGUGUUAAAAUACUGACGGUCAUUAAUAACGAAUAAAGAACCAGUUACUGUUGCUAAUGUCCACGAAGGUUCGUGGUUUCAAAUGAUCACAAAUAAGUUCUGAUCGCUAUUCCCUAUUUUUGUGCCUUCGAAUAUUAUCCAAUACCGAAAGAAAUAAUCCGUUUCCAGGGCUGCUAGCCGUCGGAAACGUCAUUUCGGCUUUGGUGCAAAAACAGAAGCACAUUCCUUACCGUAGUUCAGUUUUGACUCGCGUUCUUCAAGGUAUCUUUGUUCAAGUGCGGCAGUCGAUAUAUUUAUUCAGAUUCUCUGGGAGGAAAUGCCUUUACCGUCAUGGUGGCCUGCAUUUCGCCAGCCGAUACAAAUUCUGUCGAGAGUUUAAACACCCUCAGGUUUUUCAUUUUAACAUUGGAUUAUAAUCAUUUUCGCAGAUAUGCUGAUCGGGCCAAGCAGAUUAAAAACAAGCCAAUCAUUAAUCAAAAUGUCAAAGCGGAAGAGGUUUGUUCUUUUCUCGUGCAUCUAUUUGGAUAUGGUAUGUUUAGAUAUCUUCUCUUCGGGCCCAAAUCAAGCAACUGCAGCGGGAACUGUCCCAGGGAAGAUCUAAUAACGCUCCAGAUGGCUUUUCAGCUUCUUUGAGGUUUUUUAAAUUUCUUGUGAAAGAUUUGCCAUACUGACGAUUUCAUUUACAGUUCCGAGCUCAUAUCUCUGAAAGAAGAAGUUCGUAAACGGGAAGAGCAAUUAAGAGAUCGUGGUCUCAAGCUGGCCGAUUCUCUUGUUAAAACGGUCCGAAUUCAUUUAACUUUUGUGAUCUUUGCAGUUUUCAUCAUUUCAGAACGCACUCAACAGCAAAAUAUUACGUUUGGAAGAAGAGAAAGAGCGUAUUCGAGAAGUCUUCCAGCAAGCUUGGAGAACGCUAGAGUUUCUCUUUUCGUAUAAUCAUUUUUCAUACUGCUUUCUUUCAGAAACACUGACGGCGUAGAACCGGAAAAGUUACUCGUUAAAAUGAAGGAUUCUUUUGAAUCGUCGAAAGGAAUAUUUGAAGGAUCCCAGAUCGAGAAUUGUAAUGAGACUGCGGGAGGAGAGGAAGCAGAGGACACGAUUGAUGAUUUCGAUAGCGCCAGGUCUGACAAUUUUCGUAAUCUGUUUCUUUUCAUUUCAAGUGUUUAUUCGCCAUUCCGCAAUUUUCACGACAAAUACGAAAAAUAACACAUCAAAACAAUCAAAUUUAACAGCUGGUCUGUGGAAACGGCUGGAGGAAAAGAUUUCAACUUCUUUUUUUCCAUUCCAAUCUUCUGACUUUGAUAACGGUUGACAGGCUCGCUGAGCUGCAAGCACAGAUGGAGAGACUCGACCGGGAAAUCGAGCUGAAAGGAGCCGAUCUUCUGCAAUCCGCUCAAACUCAGAACCAGUUCAACGAAGACGACGUCAUUCGCGAAGUUUGCUCUGGAAUCCUUCUGGUCACAUUUAAUAUGAAUCUUAAGGAAGAGAAGGCAAAACUAGUGGCUCGCUGUAACGAGCUCGAGUCCGAGAUUUCUAAGUUGAAGAGUGAGCAGCGAAAAGCAAGUACUGCUUCCAAGUAAUCUUUUUCUUCACAUUUGUCUGUAAGAAACAAACAUUUUAUUCCAGACUCGCGGAGGAACGCCGAUUGAAGCUUCGCGAACUCGAGAAGCAGCACGAGGAGGACAAGAAAAAACUGAACGAACUCCGGAAACUGCAAGAAUUCCGCAAGAAAUGCGAAGAGUCGCAAAAGAAGAUGGAAGAGGAGUUGAGGCAACUCAAACAGGUUCAAACUUUAAAUUUCCUUCUUUCUCUUAACUAUCCAUGUAGAUGCGCGUUCGGCUGCUCAGAGAACAACAAACAGAGGCGAACAAGUUCAAAUUGUUCAAGAGUAAGCAUGAAAAGGAGCUGCAGUUGAUGAAGACCAAGCAGCAGAGAAAAGAGUUCGAGGCCAACCGCCAGCAGAGGCAAGACCAACAGCGCUGCGCCGUCCUUCAACAGGUUCUAUUUUUCUUCCCUGAUUGGUUCAAAUAUGCACUCCACUCAAUUUUUUCUCAGUUUUCCACCAAAUUCUGUUUUUUUCAAUUCAAAAUAUUUGUUUUCAGAGGUUAGCCGAUGCCAACAGAGCGAACAAAGCUUUGCGUGAGCUGGUUCUGAAGCGCGGCAACAAAAAAAGCGCUCCGAAAGAAGCCAAAGGUGUCCAGGUUUUGUUCUGAUUUGUUUGAUCCAUAAAACUCCUUUACUUAUUCAGCAAAUGGUCGAAGAAGAGCUGGAAGAUCUGGCGCAAUCUUAUCACAGCCAACUUCUAAUCGACGACCUCAAACAGCAGAGAGCCGAACUGGAGCAGCAAUAUCGCAGCAUUGACGGGUUCUCCAUCAACGACCGCGCCGCUCCCAGCAAACGGGUAAGUCGAAAAUUUCUUUUUUGUAGACGUUUCGAAUUUCGAUCUCUUGUUGAGCGGUCGAAAGUUAAAAAAACCAUUUGAAGCCGUGAAAUCGGAAGAAAAAAACCUGUUUCUUCCUUUCAAACGUUCGCAUUCAAGAAUUUAAGGAAACAAAUCAAAAUUCAGAAAAACUUAUCAAUGAAUUUAUUUUAUCAGGCACGUUAUUCUCUUUUGGAGAACUCAACCGCCGAAGACGAAGAGGAAUUCGAAAAGGAAAAAAAAGACAAGCUGGAGAAAAUUCAGAACUCCAUUGCUCUGCUGUUUGUGAAUACCGGAGUUUAAUUAAAUUUCGUGAUAUUUUAGAAACUCGGAGAUCCAGGAUCUGCUGAAAAGUUCGACGAUUCUCGAGGACACUGGUUCUUCUGCCAAAGUCGACAAGCUCGCAAGUCUGAAUCUUUCUGCCGAGUCUCGCGAAACCUUCGACGCCAUCCUCAAUCUUGCAAAGGCAAACGUGAAGAAGGCGGUAGAAAUGGAGUUCAGAGUUUUCAAGCAAAAAAUCAGAUACGAAGAUCGUCUGGCGAAAAAAGCUGAGACCGAGGUGACUCGCUAUUUGAAUAUGAUGCUAAUAUUCUCUUCUAGAAAAUCAAGCUUGCUGAACUGGCGGAAAUGAACGACAGAUAUGAGAUGCUAGCAGAAACAAUCGACAAGGCCAAAAAGAACUAUUCCGAGCAUGUUCGUUUUUUUUAAACACGCUUUCAAUUUUCUCGAGCAUUCAACAGCAAGAUUUAAAUGUAGUGUUUGUCUUCAGGACAUGGUACCUAGUUAUAACGGAAAAACGAGACAUCCCAGUUAUAAAAAGUAGGCUAAACAGAUUUUUCGCUUUCUGAUUGGCAAGAGAAUGACGCGUCGCGAAUCGUUCUUUCACUUGCAUCUACACAUUCGAACUUUAAUUUCGUUUCUAAAUUUUUGCGGAAAAUUUUAUGGUUUCAGUUGGAUAAUAAUAAUAAUGGUGCGACAGUUUUAAAACACUUUAUCGUAGAACAACUUCCUAUUAACUUCAAUUAUCAUUUGUUCCAUAUUUUUUAACGAAUGUCUGAUACAGCUGUAAAUUGAGGUUGAUUACAGAUCGGAAUGCUUUUGUUGAUGCGUAAAGAUCGAAUCGAUGGAGGAUGUCUGCAGAAGUUGGAAGAGUUGAAGGAACAUUUCCUCAACAUUGAGAAAGAUGUCAAGAAAACUGCAAGGGUGUGUUAAUGCAGACUUACUGUAUUGUGUGUGAUCUCGGUCGGACGAGUUUCGGAUUAGAAUAGGCAGAAUGUUUUGCAAAAGUCUUCAGAACACUUCAGAACAUGUUUUUUUCUUGCUAGCUGAGGUCUUGAAUAGCUUAUCGCCAAAAACCCUUCACAAAGGUGGUGAAAUAACGGAAAAAGUCAAAAUAGGUAGCAACUUCUGGGGUUCUGAGCAGGGGAGGCCAGCAAGUAAUUUCAAAUCCAAAUCGCGCAUUUUUGCUAAUUGAAAGAAAAACAAUUGGGAGCAUGUUUCUCCUCGAUUCUUAAAACAAAACGACGUUUAAGUCUUUUCAUCAAUAAAAAACAUUUUUCAGUUUUAAAAACGGAAUUUAGAGAGUCCUAAUGAAUUUUUAUCAUUGUUGACAUCUGUUCUGGCAGCCUUCAUAGUUGGUUCUCACGCAGACAUGUUUUUUUUGUUUUCCAGCGGAGAACGAUUCAUGACGGACUAACUCCAAAACCGGAAUUGAAGAGAAGUGACCGGAGCCGCAAGCAAAGAGAGCUCUACGGGGUUCGACCUUCCACUUUGUUCCAUUGAAUCAGAACUUAUUCUCAGACUGCGAUCCGAUAUAAUGACACGGAAGCUUCAUUCCUUGUUGACAAAUCAAGAAAUCACCUGGACUUGCCCAGAGAGUUGGUUAAACUUGGGGACUGUUGAUGGAUUCCGAACUUUUCAGCAGAGUACCAUUAUCGCCGAUCAAUCCAGAUAAUGAAGACGAAGAAUUUGGCAAUGAGAACCAGGUGAUUCCUUAGUUCUUUUCCCAUCUCAUUUUCAACUUUAAGAACAAUACAUUUGUGAUUCCGUCAAAGUCAUCUGGUUCGGCUGAAGAUCUCAAUACGACGUUUGUGAUUUCUGGAGCGAGUCGUUCGUCAUCUGAUGAGGUUGGCUUGAUUUUAGAAAAUCAAUAUCAAUUCGACGUUUUUAGGCGAACCUCAUUCCACCUCUGAGCGUGAAAAGUCGCAAGUCGGCGCUGGGAAAUUUAUAA